UGCCUUAAGACCAAAACAUGGCCGUAUGGUAAAGGUGGGCUAAAACUGUGGGGCGGUCUGCGAGCGAUCCUGAAAUAAACACUGACGUGAGUUUUAUGGGAAUUGGAGAAGACCCAUUCUCCAACUGUGAACCGUCUCCCUUUGGGAAUCGAAAGCUAUUUCUUGUUUUAAUUUCCAGCCAAACGUUUGCAAUAGACAAACUAAUUGGUUUAUAAUUGGUUAUGGUUUGCUAAGUCGAUGUACGCUUGGAUAUUUCACGUUCUUCUACUAUUGUUUAUUCCCACCUACGCCUCGAACAUUAAUGAUGCCAGACGGUAGUGCUUUUGCAAGUUGAAUGGAUUGUUACCAGUAAUGGACUCCAUUGAACUCACACAAUUUGGACUCAAACAACUAUUUUACCAGGUAAAGCAAGGCUUUCCUGAGGUGCCUGAUUCUGUUGUCAAUGAUUGCAUCAGAAAGGCUUGUUACAACAGGCAAGCUGCAGAAGCCCUACUGCAGAGAGAGGCUCCAAAAUAUGGCAGGUUUCCUCUCGUCAAGAAAACAACUCAGGGAAAUCCCAAAAGCCUUUCGGCUGGAAAUUCACCACUUGACGGUGGACCUAAAUCUCUCGGUGACUGCGUGACACCUACCAAAUUUCCUCCAGCACUGCCAGUCACACCACCGGUGGCUGCAGCAGCAGCUGCAUCUUCCCGUCCUAGUCCGCCGAUCUACAGUUCGCCACUUUAUCGGCCUGACAUUGAUUUGUCACUGCCUCCUCCAGACAUCUCCAGCGGGUGGGAAACGAAAGCUUCGUCCCAAGUACAAGUCUUUUGCGAACAGCCGAGAUCAUCCACGUCAGUCAAUGUGAUCUUGCAACCCUCCGCCGACACUCUUCCCUACGUCACCUACUCAUCAGCCUCCACCGAUCAUCACAGAGGAUUACACUCACAGUUACAAAUUACAAUCAGUCCUCAAGGAGGAUCAGUAUCGGCCGUUCAGCGAUCUAAUUUGCUUUCUCCAUGGCAUUACGGUGCGGUGCCUGUACCGAAUGCAGGCAACGUGAACGGCCUCAACCAACAGUGCACCUCUUCGUUGAGCUUACCUGAUCAGGCGGAGCACAUCAAGGAACAAUGCAAACGACGAGAAUCUUUGCGUCGCUCCUUGGAUGAGGAUCGCCAACAGUUGAUCCUGUUGCGCCGCAAGGUCGAAAACCUUCAAGAAGAAUUGACGAAAGAAAAACGACUCCUCGACACGAGCGAGAGAAAUAACGUACCCCAUAGAGAACAACGAUUACCACCAGCGCCACCUAUUGGCCGGAUUCUGCCACACUAUCCGCAUCAACUCCAGCGCCAACAAGCCGUGGUUGACUUGGAAAACCUUAAAGGUGAAGUGCACAACUUGGAGGUGGAUUGCCAGCGGAUGUAUCAAGAGCUGGUCACGCGUAACAGCGAAACCCCUAAUCCAUCAACUAGUGUGUCUCCUCCUCAACCAUCAUCGACUGGCAGCACAGCGUUAUUUAACGGAAUGCCGCUGCCAAUAGCCAGUUUGACGGAGGAGGAGGACGAUGAAUCGGACGGCUGGAACUGCAGCCGUUGCACCUUCCAGAACCACCCGGCGCUGAGCAAGUGCGAGGAAUGCGAAUCGCCACGUUCCGUCUCCAGCCCGCCAUGCGUUUCUUCUUCUUCUUCUUCGUCUAUCGUUACCUCUUCAACGCAAGCAGGGGUGAUGGCCGUCCGCAGCUUUAUACCGUACAGCCGUAGGCCGGGCAACAUUCACAUCCACGUCCGUCACCGUCCGCGUAAAUACCAAAAUCUCUCCUCUCAUUUUGCACUUUUCGCAACCAUUUUUGAAACGUAUUUUCCGGCGCUUUUAUUGGCUUUUGAAAACCAACGUAAACACUGCCGCUUUUUUUUUUUUGAAACUCUUUCUCUUUUUAGUUUUUAGUGCCAUCCGCAAAGCAAGCUUAGCUCACAUAGACAACACACACAAAAAAAAACUAACCAUAACAGUCAACUCGUUUCUGUUUUCUUUUUUUCUUUUGUUCCAGGGACGAUCCAAGGGUGGGGUGUCUAAAAAAAAAAACAACCAAUCAAUCGGCUCGGAUUUUAUUCUUUUCCUUUCUUUAAUGGCAAUUUCUUUCUUUACAAAAAAAUUUAAAGAAUAAAAAAAAAACAAACAAACAAACUGCGGCCUCAUCGGACGGGCCUGGCUCUGCAUCUUUGCGAUUCAUCAUAAAGAAAUGGCCCGAAAGGAAAGACGACAACGGCCGUUUUCUGAAUAUAAUUAUUAUUUUUUACUUCUUCCUGGUGCAGCAAAGCUCAUUCGUUUUCGAUAUUCAUAUUCUGAAAAAGAAAAUUCUGUUCGAUGAAUGAAACAUGGAUUCGUUCAUUGUAAAAUCCUCUGUAUCAUCCCUCUCCCCGAAUUCACGUGUGUGUGUGUACAUAUUAUAUACUUAUCGAUCAUUUGCAUACAUUUGCACAUCUUCCGUUGAA